UCCUAACAUCUCCUCGCCACCAUGUCCGAUGUCCCAAUGAACCCACCCGCAGACAAGAAGACGGACGAGAAGUCGUCGACCGAAGAGACGAAGAAGGCCACGCCCAAGCCCCCGCCGCCUCCCGCCGUUGAGAUCAAAGCCAACAUUGGGCUCAUUGAGCGCGCCGUCAAUGACAUCGAACCGCGGUUCACGCAUCGCGUGCUUCGCUCACUAACUGCCCUUAGAAAGCGAAUCAACUACGAUGUACUCAGAGAGGCUGUUGAGCAGAAAUGGCCAGGUAACUCAUCGCAGGUCAAGGCGGGACUACUAGCAUGGCUUCCGCCUGCCUCUAGCCCCUCUGGUGGUGAUAUGGAUGUUGACAAGUCUGCGGACGCCAAGGGCUCGGAUUCAAAGGCCGAGCCUGUUCCUGAGGCUGAGAUCUACUUCCGCCUCCUCCUCAUUCAUCAUAUGCACACAUCGCCGGACACGUACCGCAAAUCUAUCGAGCUCGCAAACGACACAGUGGAGAAGAUCCAAGUGCUGAAUAGACGCAGUAUGGAUCCGAUUGCGGCCAAGGUCUGGUUCGCACUCGAGCGCUCGUAUGAGCUUGGCGGGGAGCUUGCAGACGCACGGCCACUCUUCCUUGCCGCCCAGCGGACCGCUGCCCUCCGUAACGACGAUGACACCCUCGCUUCGCUCAUUAACCGCCUCCUCCGCAACUAUCUUCAUUAUUCUCUAUUCGAUCUUGCCGACAAGCUUGUCUCGAAGACAACUUUCCCUGCUUCCGCCUCGAACGCGCAGCUUGCGCGCUACCACUACUCCCUUGGACGAAUCAAGGCUGUCCAGCUGAAUUACACCGCCGCCCACACGCACCUCCAGCAGGCAAUACGUCGUGCACCGGCUGCCAAAGUCGCACCGGGAUUUUACCAAGCUGUCCACAAGCUCAGCGUUGUAGUCGAGCUCCUCAUGGGUGACAUCCCAGAGCGCUCAACGUUCCGUCAUCCUGUCCUCGAGCGCCCACUCGAGGCGUACUUUGACAUUGUCAAAGCCGUCCGUUCUGGCUCCCUCGAGGACUUCCAGAACACUCUCGCGCGGCACGCCGAGACGCUCAAGGCCGACAAAACGUACACGCUCAUCCUGCGCCUGCGGCAGAACGUGAUCAAGACCGGGAUCCGGCGGCUGUCGCUCUCGUACGCGCGCAUCGCGCUGCGCGACAUCUGCAUGAAGCUGCACCUCGACUCGGAGGAGGACGCGGAGUAUAUCGUCGGCAAGGCGAUCCGCGACGGCGUCAUCGACGCGACGAUCGUGCACGAGCAGGGCUGGAUGGUGUGCAACCACCAGCGCGAUGCGUACGGUCCCGAGGUCGCGGACGUGUUUGGCAAGCGGAUUGGGUAUUGCUUGGAGUUGCAUAACCAGAGUGUUAAGGCCAUGCGGUACCCGCUCAAUGCGCAUCGAAAAGAGCUCACUGCCGCUGAGAAUGCUCGCGAGCGCGAGAGGGAGCUUGCGAGAGAUAUUCAGGAGGGCGAUUUCGAUGGUGACGAAGACGGUCCGGGUGGACAUAUUGGUGAUGCAUUCUAAAAGAAAGUGUUUUACUGCCCUAAUGAGUUCAUGCGAUGCAUUAACCUUGUUAUUGAUGUUGAGUGGCUGAUGCAUUGACUCGACGGACAGCCUUCAUGCCAAAUGUCUAAUCCUUUGUAGUGAAAUUACGUGCGUGGCAAAGGGAAUUCUCGCUGGCAUUGUCAACCAUUGGAUCGCACAUAACUGUGCAGGUAGAUCGAGGCUAAUCUCCAAAUUACUCAGUAGCCAACAUCGACGCUCGCAACAAAAUAUAAGAGCUUUCUUU